AUGAAUAGGCGAGUUCUGUCGAUCGCUUCUGCUGGAAUUGCAACUUCAUUUGUCACUUUCCGAAAUCGUCAGAAGAAGAGACCAGUUGCAGCCAAGGAAUACCUGCUUAGUCCGAAAUUAGAGCACGAUUUUGACCUCAAGUGGGAUAAACUUAAACCUCGAUCUGGAUACAGAGAUAUUUAUUUGGUUCGACACGGGCAGUACCACGUGAAAGAAAAGAAGCGCGAAGACAAGCUGCUAACUGAACUGGGCCACAAACAAGCUCAUGCGACUGGCGAGUGGUUCAGAAAUCGUCAAAUCAAACCAACCGAGUUCAUCAUUUCUACAAUGCCAAGAGCGAAACAAACUGCCGAAAACAUUCUCGCAGAAAUGGGCGAUUUAGUCUCAGAAGAUGUCAUUCAUCGAACAGAGAUGGUCGAGGAAGGAGCUCCGCCGACUGCACCGAUUCCCAAAAGGAAGCACUACGAAAGCGACGAAUAUAAAAGAUAUUUGCAUGCUGAUGGCGGCCGCAUCGAAGCUGGCUUCAGAAAAUACAUCCACCGUGGCUACGCCUCCGAAGAGAAGGGCGAGAAUCAAGUAGCAAUAAUCGUCUGCCACGCAAAUGUGAUCCGCUAUUUUAUGAUGCGCCUGAUGCAAGUCGAUGGCUCUGCCUGGCUCAGAUUCGGACUCAACCACGGCUCAGUCACGCAUGUUCGUAUUUUCGGAAAUGGAGACGUCAGAGUCUACUCGAUGGGCGACAAUGCUUUUAUGGACCGAUCGCUUUUCUCAAUCUGA